AGAACGUGUGCUGCUGUCACAAUGCCUGAAGUAAACACAGAUCACCUGGAUGAGCAGCAGGUGCAGCUCCUGACAGAGAUGUGCAUCCUUAUUGAUGAAAAUGACAAUAAGAUUGGAGCAGAUACCAAGAAAAACUGUCACUUGAAUGAAAACAUUGAUAAAGGUUUACUGCACCGAGCUUUCAGUGUUUUCUUAUUUAAUACAGAAAAUAAACUGUUGCUGCAGCAGAGGUCAAAUGCAAAAAUUACAUUUCCAGAUUGUUUUACCAACACUUGUUGUAGUCAUCCUCUAAGCCAUCCGCUAGAGCUGGAAGAAAAUAAUGCUAUUGGUGUUCGGAGAGCAGCACAGAGACGACUGAAAGCAGAGUUAGGAAUUCCCAUGGAGCAGGUCACUCCAGAAGAAAUCUCGUACCUGACACGAAUUCACUACAAGGCCAAGUCUGAUGGGAUCUGGGGUGAACAUGAGAUAGACUAUAUCUUGUUUGUACAGAAGGAUGUAAUGCUGAAUCCCGACCCUAAUGAGAUCCAAAGCUACUGCUAUGUGACACAGAAAGAACUGAAACAGCUCUUGGACAAAGCCUCCAAGAAUGAAGUUAAAAUUACUCCAUGGUUUAAACUUAUUGCAGAGACCUUUCUUUUUAAGUGGUGGGAUAACUUACCUAACUUGAAAAAAUUUGUUGAUCAUGAAAAAAUACACCGAAUGUAAAUAGAUGUAAAAAGGUGCUGAAGGCAAUGAAGUGCUGUCUCAUUAACGUGGUGGUAGCUUGUGGCUCUUGAGUGCCUAAAAUUGGUUCACCUGGAGCAUG